AUUAGAACGGAAGUGGUGCCGGCGCAACCUAGACAACCGGAUCGAGUGAGGUGGAAGAAGUGACCGAGAUGGCAGAUUUGUCGUUUCACUUAACUAACGUGAACGUUUCACUGGGGCAAACUAUGGACACUGAUAAGAAUCUCGCAGGGGCGACAGACUUUGGGAGGGUGGAAAUGGGAGACUCUGCCGGGAGCCAGGUGAGGGUUCCCCGCAGGACCAUCUUCUUCGCCAGCGGAGAGACUAUGGAGGAAUACAGCACAGAUGAAGAGGAGGACGUGGAGGAGCCCGUAAAGAGAGAAGUCAUUGCUGUUGAUACUUCCAAACUGACCUGGGGUCCAUACUUCUGGUUCCACGUGUGGAGAAUGGGCACCUCAACUAUCUCAGUGUGUGACUACAUGGGAGAGAGGCUGGCCUCUAUGUUUGGCAUCACCUCUCCUAAAUACCAAUACGCCAUUGAUGAGUACUACCGCAUAAAGAAAGAGGAGGAGGAGGAAGAGGAGGAGAACCGCCUGGCCGAGACGGCAGAGAGUCGGUUCGCGGACCAGCGACGAGGCGAGCAGGAGGAUCCUCAUCCCGCCACCAUGGAGCAGCCAGAGCCGUCCGGAGCCUCCUUUGUCAACAUCAGCUUUGAUCUCGAACCUGAACCUCCCCUCAACACCGCGGACGCCAGCAGAGUUCCCGUUCCCCUUCCCUCCUGAGAAUUGACACUUAGGAGACACACGUUUUAAUUUACGCAGCAGUAGGGAUUGAAAGUGACGUUAUUUUUUUAAUUUAUUUUUUUCUUUUAUAAAAAAAUAUUCUUAGUUCACAGUGCAGGGGGGAAAAAGUGAAAAGGGCUGCGGAAGUGACUGUACUUGCCUUAUGCAGGAAUGUGUUUAUGACUGUUGAUCAUGUUAGUAAAAGUCUGAUGUUUCGCAAGUUCAGCUAUUUAGAUAAGCAGGGAAUGUAAUUUCUGCUUCAGCCUUCUGACAGUCACGAGUACUCCCUGUAGGCCACUGUGCCUUCUUGCUCUUUUGAACAAGAUUUAUGUCAUUUUGCUGAGUUAUUAACUUAGAGGCCUGUUAAUCCAAGAGCUCAAUUCAUAGGCAUGAUGCUUGGUUUUGUAGAUUAAUUAGUAACUGUUUGGUCCCCUCCUGGGCAUAAGAUCUGCCUGCUAAAAUCUGGCGUUCUAUAACAUAUUUACAGGUAAGCAUUAUAGCUAAGUCAUUGGACAUGGUCCCAUGGGUUUCUGUGGUCAUUCCUAAAAGUGUCAUGGGAAAUUAACCAAAUACAUUGUUACUGCGUUA